AUGUCCAUCCUGACGCCAUUGGCCACGACAUAUGGCGCCCGUUUGAGUGCGUACUUGACGACAUACGAGGACUUGAAAAAGCACAGAAAGAGAUUGAAUAAAUCGUUGGUCAAGCUCCGUCACAACCUCGACAUUGUCACCAAGGACACCAGGAAAUAUAGCGAAAAGGAGAAAACUAAGGCAAUUACCGCUGCCCAAUAUGAUGAAGACCAGGCCAACGGUACACUCUUACUUUUAAUCGCCGAGCGUGACUCCUUAUAUGCUUCGGAGAUCAAAUCCUUGCUUGAAGUUUCAGGUUCCAGGCUCUCUUCUUACAAGAAGCUCAUGGUUUCUAGACUCAAGAGAGCCGUUCAGACAAGCAAAAAGCUUCUUGAGAUCACGCAAAACGAAGAAAAUGUUACCGUGAGAACAGAGAUCUACAUAUACGCCGCCCUUACCCAGGGCUUGUACCUGGUGAACAAGAAAAGGUGGGCUGAGGCACUUCAGGCUUUCUCCAUCGCCAGAUGUGGUCUUGAGCUCAUAGCCUCACAAAAUAGCGAUGAUAAUGAGGGGGAGAGUUUCAGUAGAACUUUACUGGAGGAGUUGCUUGAUACUUUGGUUGACCCUUCAUUGAACUUGGCAGUCUCUCAAAAUGAGGAAGAAGAAUCGUCUUACGAUAUCAUCACUGUUGCCAGAAAACAUUGCCAUGACGAUACAUUGGCCUACUUGCAACCAGCCGUUGACCUCAUAGCAUCGCAAGACCCUCUGUUCGUGCAAGAGUUCGAGGAGGAGAUCUCGAAAACUGUUGUCUGGAGGGAACAUACGGCUAACGUUUACAACGACGAGGUAUCGAGCAAAGUGGGCCGUCUCGGGCGUGUGGAAUGGAAAAAUUUUAGCGAAGCUGAUGACUACGAUGGAUUGUUGCAAAAAUGGACCGCUCUCGUGGACCUUCACGAGGCGGACUUGCUGAAAAACAAGGAUGAAGACGACCUUGACCGAGUUCAAGACGGCGCUAUUGUCUUGACGUACCUCAAGUACCACAUGCAUUUCACCAAAGUGAAGAGAGACUUGCUUCUCAUCGACCAAUUGGAGUCGAAACAGUUUUCCAGUGUUGCCAAGAAGCUUCAGUCACACCGUGAUGUACUCAGGCUUUACGACUCGAUUAUCGGUACUGUUGAGCAACUCAAAGAUUUACCUGGUGUUUACAAUGACGAAGAUAUGUACUCGACGUUGGAAAACAUGGAACGGUUUUUCGUCACCAAGAGAGCCACCGUUGUGGCGGACUCCUACGCUCUCGCAAACAAACUCCCCGAAGCCCUUAAAGUGUACAGUCAUCUUUCAAGAACUUUUGAGGUUGAAUCAGAUUUCUACAAGAUCGAGCUGUUCCCUUACAGUGUCACCAGCAAUGAGGAAGCUCAAGGUCUCGCAGCACUGAUUCAAGCGAACUUGGCCAAAACCCACAUUAUGACGCAAUUUCACAUCGAGCAGGACAACAGUGACUUUGUGAUUGACAACGUCAACAAGUUCCCUCUGUCUGACGGGAUCAACAGAAUCACCAAUGUUGGACAAAAGGGUGCAAUAAAGCCAGUGUUGAGCAAAGCUGUGUUGUUCGAUGUUGCAUUCAACUACAUCAGCUACUCAUCUAGAAGCGAAGAAACAGGAGAGGCGGAGCCUACCGGAGACAAGAAGAAGAGCGGAUUUUUUGGCAUUUUUGGCCGUUAA